GCUACCAUCACGAUAUAAACACGAGCUCAAUCCAACAACGCGCUGAUUAGAGGGUAUUGCAGAGUGCUUAUAACCUCUUCUACCUACUAUCAACAUCCUCAAUCACAAAAUCACAAUCCAAAAUGUCCGCCAAACAACCAACAAAACCAUACAUCGCGCCUCCCAGCGUAGGCCAUGAGAUUGGGGUGAUGUUUGGGUUUAUCGCCUUCAUGCUCCUCUGCAUGGUCGCCUACGGCUUCGCCUGGAACCACGGCAACCGGAUCAGCCAGCGCAAGGAAGCUGAGCGGAUCGACGCCCUCCGCGCGUCGGGCUUGCUGCGAGAGAAGGGGGUUGGUGGGGAGGCGGAGGCGGAGAAGGUGGAGCGGGUUUAAGAUUACGCCGCACUGGACAACGGCUGAGGAAAGAGGAUAGAGGAGAUACCCGUGGCAGAGAAGUGGGCAAGGGAUGGGAUGGGAAGGGAUAGGAGGAGUCUUUUGGUUUAGUUUAAUACUUCGGAUUUGUACUAUUUGUUUCGGGUUGGACGGGGGAGGUAAUGGAUGGAUGUACAUCGCUGUGACUUUACCAAUGCAGUCGAUAAGAG